AACUAAAGGGAACUGUAGGAAGGAAGAUGGACCUUUAUUAUUUAUAGAUGGUUGGUCAUUGUUGAUGAAUAAUUACAUUAAUAGUGGUUUUCUCAAUUACAUAAUUAGAUUUUACUUUCACCCUUUAAACUAGGAAAAUGUGGGACUAUCUUCAUUUUAGAUAUAAGAAACAGCAUGCCCAGAGAACUGCCAUUCCAAAGUCAUAAGCUGGAAAUCAAUGUCAGUUCAGGCCAACAUAUACAAUAUGUACACAAAAUAAAUCCUAAUAGAUGAUCUUGACCUACUGAGGCUGGAGUUCUUGCCCUUCCAUGUCAUAUCAGAUAGGACUUGGUUACAGUUUACAUGUUGUAAUGAGACUCUAUUCCUUAGGAGACACUGCAAGGAGGGGUAGGAGUCUGAAGAUGCAUAUCAAAGACCAAGGUACAAGCAGGCACUACCUCAAGCACUCACAGCUCUUGAGUAACAAGUAAUGACUCCUGGGAGGCAUGACUAAGUGUUACUAAACAUGGAGAGGACAUGGACUUCAGUGAACCCAAGGGAUAAAGCCCUGGCUCUAGGGAGGCUCCUUGUGUCAACACCCAGAGAGGAGGCCAGAGUCUUCCAUGAGUCCCCAAGGGUCUCAUCAGGUACAGCAGUGUCUGCUUCCACAUACUUUUGGGAGAGGAGCAGAGGUUUGUGAAGAUAAAGCCAGCUGCCUCCUUCCUAGCUUCCUCCUUCUCAAACUCCUCCCACUGAUGUUUUUUGAUGUAGAAGGACAGGCCAAGAAUUCUACCUCAAGCAAAAGGCUGUGGUUAGAGCUGAACUAGCAGACACAGGAAGGAAGUGACACAGGUCUUGUGAGUGGGAGAGGAUGGGACACUCUUAAUUACCUUCCACACCCAGUCCUGGUCUUAGGCAUCAACUCCCUGCCUGCUCCCUAUUUUGAUAUUGCCUUUAUUUUGGCCCCUCAAUUGAGGGAGCCUAAGUUUUGAUGGUGCAGUCCAAAUGCUUUGUCUUCAAACUCUAGACACUCCCUCCACUACAGAAGAUUUUUGCUUUCUUUCUAUGCCAAACACUGUGGUUCACCUUCAAAAAGUCUUAGCUGAUUUUAUUCCAGCUUGAAUACUGUCACUUCUCACCUAUCAUUUCUCCUCCCACCCCACCAGUAUCCUUGUCCCAUAUAGGAAGCUUCUGCAGUAGUCAGGAGAGAGAAAAUGAGGCCCAAACUAGGAAGAUGCAGGGAGAGGUAAGGCAUACAUUUCUUAUAAGUUCUUCUUCCACAAGCCACAUCCCUGAAGGACCUUAGGAUAUUCUUGACAUCACCUUGAACACAGAAAACACUGCCUUGUCUUUAUUUGUGUAUGAAAGCUGUCUUGUGAUAUCGGUCCUAAUCAUGUUUAAUAUUCUGUUUGGUCGAUUAAAUUCAAAGUUCCUUGAGAGAAGAAAACAUGGAUUAUGCUUCUCCAUGUCUAUGAGGCUUAAUAAUGGAUUAUUUUUAAGGUCUAACAAUGAGAAUAAUAAGAACUACUCCUCCUAAUGAGGUACAUGCAGAAAGUGAAGGGGUCCAUAAAAAAUGACAAGGAGAAUUUCCAGAAGCCAUGUCAACCUCCAAUAUUACCUCAACUCAUCCAGCCGCCUUCUUGUUGGUAGGAAUUCCGGGUUUGGAGCACCUGCAUGUCUGGAUCUCCAUUCCUUUCUGCUUCACCUAUACUCUGGCUCUGCUAGGCAAUUGCACCCUACUCUUCAUUAUUCAGGCUGAUGCAGCCCUCCAUGAGCCCAUGUACCUCUUUCUGGCCAUGUUGGCAACCAUUGAUCUAGUCCUUUCUUCUUCAACAUUGCCUAAAAUGCUGGCUGUUUUUUGGUUCAGAGAUCAGGAGAUCAACUUCCAUGCCUGUCUGACCCAGAUGUUCUUUCUCCACUCCUUCUCCAUCAUGGAGUCAGCAGUGCUGCUGGCCAUGGCUUUUGAUCGCUAUGUGGCCAUCUGCAAGCCACUGCACUACACCUCGGUCCUGACCAGGCCCCUUAUCACCAAGAUUGGCAUGGCUGCUAUGAUUCGGGCUGUGGCACUAGUGACUCCACUCCCCUUUCUGCUCAGACGCUUCCACUACUGCCGAAGCCCUAAGAUUGCACACUGCUACUGUGAGCACAUGGCUGUGGUAAAGCUGGCUUGUGGAGACACUCGCUUCAACAAUAUCUACGGCAUUGCAGUGGCCAUGUUUAUAACGGUGUUGGAUCUGCUCUUUGUUAUCCUGUCUUAUAUCUUCAUCCUUCAUGCAGUUCUACAGCUUGCCUCUCAGGAGGCCCGCUACAAGGCCUUUGGGACAUGUGUGUCUCACAUAGGUGCCAUCUUAUCCACCUACACACCUGUUGUCAUCUCCUCAGUCAUGCACCGUGUGGCCCGCCGGGUUGCCCCUCAUGUCCAUAUACUCCUUGCUGUUUUCUAUCUUCUUUUCCCACCCAUGGUCAACCCCAUCAUCUAUGGUGUGAAGACCAAGCAGAUUCGUGAUCAUGUGCUAAGCCUAUUCUGGAAAAAGUCUGUGUAGAUGCAUUGUUUUUUCUUUCUCACUAAUCUAGUGCUGAGUUAAGGAAUAGAGGAAUGCUCUCAAGCAGGAAAAUUGUAGAGUGUCCAUAUUUGUUAAUUCUCCAGUUUGAUAAAAAUAAUGAAGUCCCAGUCUCACUGAUUCACCAAUAGUCUGUCUGAUAGAAGUUUGUCCCAUAGUCUGUGUAUGUCCCAUAGUCUGUCUGAUAGCAGAAGUUUGACCCUAUAUGUGAGAUGUCUAUAUUUUCAUAGAUGUCUCACAAGAAACGUCCAAAGUGCUAUUGUCAUAUCAGUGAGAAACAGUAGGAAUCUUGUCUGAGACUGCUGAACUCUUCAUCCAGACUAUGAAUGAAAAAUUGAACCCCAGAUUUUGUUACCCAAAUGUAGGGAACCACUUUGCGAGACAUGGAAAUGUAGCUCAGCACCCACGUGGAAAACCAGUGGGGGUGAAUCAGCACACAGGACCAUACCUGUGAAGUUCUGCCAUGGGAAA